GUGACGAUGCGGAAUGCGUGGGUGGGGAGAGAGACCCCGCAGAAUGCGUGGGAGGGGCCAGAGAGGACGCGGAACGCGUGGGAGGGGAGAGAGACGACGAGGAGUUGUGGGAGGGGAGAGAGACGAUGUGGAAUCGUGGGAGGGGAGAGAGACGACGCGGAAGCGUGGGAGGGGAGAGAGACGACGUGGAACGUGUGGGAGGGGAGAGAAACGACGCGGAAUGCGUGGGAGGGGAGAGAGAAAACGCGGAAGGCGUGGGAGGGGAGAGAGACGACGCGGAAGGCGAGGGAGGGGAGAGAGACGACGCGGAACGCGUGGGAGGGGAGAGAGACGACGCGGAACGCGAGGGAGGGAGGGGAGAGAGAUGACGCGGAACGCGAGGGAGGGAGGGGAGAGAGACGACGCGGAACGCGAGGGAGGGAGGGGAGAAAGACGACGCGGUGCGCGUGGGAGGGGAGAGAGACAACGCGGUGCGCGUGGGAGGGGAGAGAGAUGGUGCGGAACGCGUGGGAGGGGAGAGAGACGGCGCGGAACGCGAGAGAGGGGAGAGAGACGGCGCGGAACGCGAGGGAGGGGAGAGAGGCGACGCGGAAAGCGUGGGAGGGGAGAGAGACGACGCGGAACGUGUGGGAGGGGAGAGAGACGGCGCGGAACGCGUGGGAGGGGAGAGAGACGGCGCGGAAUGCGUGGGAGGGGAGAGAGACGGCGCGGAACGCGUGGGAGGGGAGAGAGACGGCGCGGAACGCGUGGGAGGGGAGAGAGACGGCGCGGAACGCGUGGGAGGGGAGAGAGACGGCGCGGAACGCGUGGGAGGGGAGAGAGACGGCGCGGAACGCGUGGGAGGGGAGAGAGACGGCGCGGAACGCGUGGGAGGGGAGAGGGACGGCGCGGAACGCGUGGGAGGGGAGAGGGACGGCGCGGAACGCGUGGGAGGGGAGAGGGACGGCGCGGAACGCGUGGGAGGGGAGAGGGACGGCGCGGAACAUGUGGGAGGGGAGAGGGACGGCGCGGAACGCGUGGGAGGGGAGAGAGACGACGCGGAACGCGAGGGAGGGAGGGGAGAGAGACGACGCGGAACGCGAGGGAGGGAGGGGAGAGAGACGACGCGGUUGACAUGGUUACCCUGCGAGCAAGU